AUGGUUUGCGGUAUCGAAGAUUUCCACCACCCGAAAAUCUUCUCCGGCCAAGUCUACCCCCAGCAACAGCUUCCCAACAACACUACAAUGUCUUUCCGUGGGCGUGGAUCGGCCACCGGUUCCAACCGGGGUGGCUUUGGUAACCGUGGUGGCCGCGGAGGCUUCCAGCAAUCUUUCGGUCCCCCUGCCCAAGUGUUCGAAAUGGGAACUGUGAUGCACUCGUGUGAGGGAGAGAUGGUGUGCGAAUCCGUCAACCCCAAGAUUCCAUACUUCAAUGCUCCCAUCUUCUUGGAGAACAAGUCCCAAAUCGGUAAAGUUGACGAAGUUCUCGGCCCUAUCAACCAGGUCUACUUCACUGUCAAGCCCAGCGACGGAAUCGUGGCCACUUCCUUCAAGGCUGGCGAUAAGGUGUAUAUUGGCGGUGAUAAGCUGCUUCCUCUCGAGAAGUUCCUUCCCAAGCCCAAGCCUCCUCCAGGUGCUGCUAAGCCCAAGCGUGCCGGUGGUGCUCGCGGUGGUGCCCGCGGUGGCCGUGGUGCUCCCCGGGGUCGUGGAGGCUUCGGUGGUGGCCGUGGUGGUGCCGGUGGUUUCUCCCGUGGUGGUGGCCGUGGAAGCUUCGGAGGUGGUCGCGGCGGUGCCCCUCGCGGUCGUGGAGGUUUCGGUGGUGGCCGUGGUGGCGGCCGUGGUGGCGGUUUCCGUGGCCGUGGGUAA